AUGCAGCGAGACCACGCGGGCGGCGCGCCGCUCGCGCAACCCCCCGCCCCCGCUUCCGCCACCGCCCCGCACCUGGUACACUACCGCUCGCACGUUUACGCAGACAUCGAUGAUCAGAUACCCGCUUCGGUAAUAAGCAGCGUCGGCACAGUGAGCUUAUCGCAGUCCUCGACGCAUCCCACGCCAAACAUAACGAUGGCGAAUCCGACCAACCCCGGUGCUGCCAGCAGCGGCGCUCCAGCCCAGCCGCCGCCGCAGCAGGCACCGACGCAAGCCCCCGUACGCAACCUCCCCAAGAAGAGGAAAUUCGACCCCUCCGAGUUGGAAGAGAUCGAACGGAACUGCAUGAAUAACAUCGCCAUCACCGCCCCCAUGCCUGCUGAAUACCAGCCGUUACUCGUGCCGCAACCUUCGCCCUUGAUCCAACGGCAUACGCCUCCCGUGGAGGUGAAACAGUACGCCAUCCAUUACCCGAACAUAGAUCUUUCCGAGUGGCGCGACCAUAGAGUUCUAGCGCGGCGGCGCGGCGUCUACAUUCCCGGUGUGAUACGUCAAGCGGACGGCUGUAAAGUGCUUGUGGAGUUUGACGGCCAGGAGAACGAUACCGUGGAGUACAGUGAUAUAUUCGCGAAGAAUAAGUACGAUGUGAUAAGUGACGCCAGUCCGCAGAUGAGCCACAUCGAGGUGAACUCGAUGUGCGUGGUCAGAACCGCGGACCCCAGCCGGGAGAAUGUGCAGAAUGUCUUCGUGAGCGGCACUGUUUACGAAAUCCUUAACACGACACCGAGAAGGAUAAGAGUGAAGGUGACAGACCGCGAUGGCUGCGGCGAGAGUGUCGAAGUCAAACGAGCCGACAUUCGAUUGCUGCAACCACCGUGGGCGGACGAGUUAGAAGACGCGGGCUCGCAUGCCGUGUCUGCUAUACACGCGCAGCAUCUGCAACGAAGCCACGUGUCACAGAAUCAGCCCUUUCAGAUGGGCGGCGAGAACUUCUUCACUUCGUCGCCGAUGCCGAGCGCCAUGGUGACGGUGGGCGCGCUGUCCAACGGCUCAAUAGACGACCUGCGCAAGCGCACCUUCGACGACUACUGCGAGAGCGAUGACGAUUUACGCAGGGAAGACAUCAUGUUCCCCACCGAUCCGCAUAUGGAUGGUAAUAAUAGCAAGCGGAGCAGCUUGCAGAGUCGAGGCAGCACUUCCAGUCUCCUUGAAGGCAGCCUCACACCUCGAUCUCAACCCCCUACUCCUAGAUCUCAAGCGGCAACACCGCACAAGUACAAAAAGGGCGAUGUCGUAUCAACGCCCACUGGUAUACGUAAGAAGUUUAACGGCAAGCAGUGGAGGCGGCUCUGCUCCAAGGACGGCUGCACCAAAGAGAGCCAGAGGCGCGGGUUCUGUUCCCGACACUUGUCUCUCAGAGGGGUCACCAGGUCCUCGAAUACUCCAUUGGCUCAGGGAUCUACGCACACUCCACAGCAGAGCAGUAGCAAGUCUCUGUCGUCGAGCGGCACGGGCGUUGAAGGCGACGAGACUUCCCGCGAGUCCGAUACUACACCGCCGCACUAUCGAGUCACUGGGCGCUUCGACCCGGAUGAGACCGAGGCUGCUAAUAUGCUGGUGUCGUUGGGUAGUUCCCGCUCCGGCAGCCCUGGGGCUUCCCCCGUGGGUGGGGGCGCUUCCCCCGCCCUCAGGAACAACGUGUUCGUGCCGAUCUCUUCACCACAACCUCAACCACCACAUGGAUCUUCGAUCUACCACCACCAUUUGAUAAGGCCAGAGUUGGUGCGGCCUGGUCGAGCUAGUUCUCCCAUCGGAAGUGUCGCCACCAGCGUCAUCAGGGUAUCUCCGGCUCCUACAUAUUAUCAGGUGGCCGAAAACCGCAACGGACCAACGAAUCUGCACGCGAACAAUUUAAGCUCGCAAGCCAACGUGAUCGGAGUCCAAUCUUCAGGCCUCAGCAUUCAGAGCUCAAUCCAGAAUAGUUUGAAUGCACCAACUAGCCUUCAGUCCAGCAUAACGCUGCCUUCUAGCAUAUCACUAAACUUGAACAACAUAAACACCCAAGAUUUACAAAACAAUCUACAAACAAGUAUAGCUAACAGCAUUCGUACUAACGAAAUACCGCACAAUUUAGUCGUACCUCGCAGCAUAGUUUCUUCCAACGGCAUCGACAUAGACGUUUACAGACAGCCUUUACAUCUAAGGAAUGGAAUUCAUGAUUACAGAAGAGAGAGUGACGUUAGCCCAACAAUGAAUAAUCAUGAGAAUUUUUUAAGUAGAAGAGUCUCGGAGUAUGAGGACGAAGAUCAUACGCCUCAAAGGGAUGGUAUACAUCGGAAUGUGAUCGACAGACCGCCGGAGCUGUCCGAGACUCGAGUCAUGGAAGAUAACAAGAGAAUUGUGAAACCGGCGCCCCUACACACCCGCUUCGUUUCCGUGGUCGACGCGGACGCGAAGGACUCCAUAAAGCGGUACUAUGUGUUACCACCCAACACUAUAUGCGAGAAGAAGUUCGUGCUGAUAAAAAACGAGCCAGCGGAGACACUUCAACUAGAGCAGAAGAUGUCUCAAUUGGGUCAGCAACUUAACAAUAAUGAACCAGAAUCUGAACCAAGGACUCUUGAUAAUGGUGUCAACGAUCAUCUAAACAACGUAAACAGCAGCGCUGUAAUAGUUCAUCCCAGUCAGUUGUUACCGGUCUUGCCUCCGCCUACGUCUCAUACUGCCAUCAUUGUAUCGACGGGGGGCGUGCAAGGCGGGGUGUUUCCAUGGCAAUCGCUAGUGCCCCUACUGACGGCGGCGUCCCCCCCUCCCGCGCCGCCCUCGCCCCGCACCCCUCGCACACCACGGACUCCGCACACCCCGCAUACUCCGCACACGCCCCACACGCCGGUCAUCAAGGGCGAGGAGAUCAAGACGGAGAGCGCAGGUGACUCUGUGACAGCUAUGUGCACUGAAGAAGACGAUGACGUGUUCGAAUGCGAGGAACCCGGGACCGGGGGUGGCGAGGACUCGACCAAGCGACGCUCGCAGAGUCUGUCCUCUUUGAAUUCGCCAGCAUCCGCCACGGAUAAGAAGGAGCGUCGCAUCAGACGACCCAUGAACGCGUUCAUGAUAUUUUCCAAGCGGCAUCGUCAAAUAGUUCAUCAGCUACAUCCUAACCAGGACAAUCGUACUGUAAGCAAGAUCCUUGGUGAAUGGUGGUAUUCGCUCAAGCCUGAAGAGAAGCAGAAGUACAACGAACUAGCCAGUGAGGUAAAGGAGGCCCACUUCAAAGCUCACCCUGAGUGGAAAUGGUGCAAUAAAGAUAGGAGAAAGUCUUCGAGCAGCAGAGACCCAACGGGCUCUAUGCCACAGAGCCCUCGGACGCCUGUGGAUGUCAGUGGGGGAGGGAAUGGCACCGGAACGGGGGCAGGGGAGGUUCCUCUCCCCGCCGCCUAUGCGCACGUGUCCUCUCCGCACCUCAGCGAUGACGAACAGAUGGCAACGCAAACUAUUUGCGAAGAACCACCACCGGCGCCUGCUCAGAAUAUAGAGAUCGACCUGAAGUGCGGCGAAAAAGUGACCGACUCGGAUUCAGAGGGGAUCGACGCCAGAGAAUACUUGCCGCACCACGAUCACGCGCGAAGACCUAAACCAAUCAAAGCCAGGGCGGGGUCAUCAGACAAUUUGCUCGGUGGCAUCACGGCGUCGAGUCCCGGUGGAUCUAAAGUGUUCCAACCCACUGGAGGUGCUUUCAAAUCCACACAUGCUGAUACUGGUGAAAACCAUCGGCAAUGGUUCACCCAUCUAAAGACGAGUCUGCCCAAUCAAGUGCCUGUAUCGCCGCACCUUUCCCAAACAAACGCGACAAGUACUCAAAGCUUAACGAAUAGCGUCCAAGGAAUAUCCUUAAGCACGCCCAAUUUAUCCACCCAAGCUGCUUUGGAUAACGCCAUAGCGUCAAUUAUGAACUCUCCUACGCAUACUGGAGGGGUUCAAGUCAUAUCGACUGGAAUGUCGAUGCCUCAGUCGAUGCAGCAGUCGAUAGCGCAGUCGAUGCCGCAGACGCAGACUUCGACCGCGUUCAGUAAUACGCUGUUGAAGAGCGUUACUUUGGUGAAGAGGAAUAUUGGCGAUAACAACACUGGUCCAUUAACGCUGUCUGUGGAUGCUUCUGGCAAUCUUCUCAUAAAAGCGAGUCAAGCCAACGAUAACAAUCCGUCGAACAACGAUCCACAACCUCUACAAUACGUACAACUGCAGCGGCUAUAUGUGCCUUUCAACAGCGAAGUGGAUACCAACAAAAGCGUGAACCAAAAUCCACAAGGCGGUCAAUCUGUGAUAGUGUCCCAGAGCAACAACCACACAGUGCCUAAACCUAACAAUGUGCAAUGGGAGAGCCCGGUGGAAGAGACAAGGCCAUUUCCCCUGGCACCCACUCCAGCGCAGCUCGGAAGAGCGCCGCUACAAAAGAGGCUAAGCAGAGGCACUUCGACCGGUUCCAACGGUAGCGUAGACCAGCCGCCUCGUUCUGGGAACGGUGGAAUUGGUACCGGGGUAGGAAUAGUUGGUGGGGUAGGAACAGGGGGAAUGAGUGAAGUAAACAGUCCCCACGACGUAGGGGAAGGAAUUCCCUCGCCCAAGCACGCCGACCUAGCCAGCCCCAUGAUGAAGAAGAGCCUCUUCAAGAAGGGCAAUGAAGAUGGACGCGACAAAGUUCUGGAGACGGUAAACUUCGAGCAAAAGUUCAGCACGUUGCCUCAGUUCAAGCCCGAGGCCUGCAGUCCCGGCGCGAUGGUGGUUUGCAGUCCGCAGCUUUAUCUACGCAAGAAGCAUGUUAACAAGGAGGAUGAAGCUACGGUGGUGACGCCACAGAUUGAGGCAGAAGUGAUGAACGGCGCAAGUAUGCCGACCCCACACUCUUACGGAACCCCUCACACCACUACCAAACUGGUGGGGAAUACUUUCUUCGGUCCAGACUUCAAUUUGGACACUUACAGAGCAUCGGAGAGCGUUGACGAAAUGUCUCCGCGCACUCCUUGUUCGGCCAGCGCCACGUCAAUGAACAGCGCCGGGACGGCCCCGGGGACUGGGCCCAACGCUGGCGGGGCCCGGGGCGAGGCGGGCCAUCGCCGCGUGUUAGAACAACGCCGCACAUUAGUGCUGAAACUGUUCAAGGAGCAUGGCAUGUUCCCCAGCUCGCAAGCCACCACUAAUUUCCAGGCGACCCAUAUGGAUAUAUUCCCUACGAAGAUGUCUUUGCAGCUGAAGAUCCGCGAGGUGCGCCAGAAGCUAAUGGCGCAGUCCAACCUGACGCCGCACUCCGAAGUCAAUACGCCCACAAACGUGAAUUCCCCGAUAGUGUCUGCUUUGCAGCCGACGUCGACGGCCAGUUAG